UCUUAAAUAAAUUCCGAUGAUGAUUUCAGACAUAUCCCUCACACACACAUUUUGUCAAAAAAAAACAUCAUCGGAAAAUCAACAUGUCGUGGCAAACUUACGUCGAUGAGCACCUUUUGUGUGACAUCGAGGGCAACCACCUGACCGCCGCCGCUAUCGUCGGCCACGACGGCGCCGUUUGGGCUCAAAGCUCCAAUUUCCCUCAGUUCAAACCCGAGGAGAUUAAGGCCAUUAUGAAUGAUUUUGAGGAACCCGGUACACUUGCUCCUACUGGCCUACAUCUUGGUGGCACAAAAUACAUGGUCCUUCAAGGUGAAGCAGGUGUUGUCAUUCGAGGAAAGAAGGGACCGGGUGGUAUUACUAUCAAAAAGACUAAUAUGGCUAUACUUAUUGGCAUUUAUGAUGAGCCAAUGACUCCUGGACAGUGUAACCUGGUUGUCGAGAGGCUCGGCGAUUAUCUCCUUGAACAAGGUUUUUAAUUUACCGAAUUUUCUUUCAAUAUGUUUGUAUUGAAGUUUGUGGUGUUUGCUGAUAAUGGAUACUCAAGAAUUGGGAAGUGGUAGAUAUGAUUACUUUCUGGAUUCAAACAGUUCUCUUUGUAUUUUGGUUUUGCAAGAAUUGAUUUAAAUUAUUUUCAAGUGAGACACUCGAUUAUUUUUGAGUUGAAUGUUAUUGGUACUUAAAAAUGGAUUUCACUUUUUGGUUUGUGUAAUAUACAGCUCCUGGAUUUCACUUCCUCAUA